CCCACAGACCUGUCACGAUGGCGGCCGAGCACGUGCCGUGGGCUGCGGCCAUCCUGUGCUACAUCCAGUACGCCAUCCUCAUCACCUUCGGCCACCUGCGCGACCACGCGGGCCGUGUCUUCGGCGGCUCGCGCUACUCGACGAACGCCAAGAAGGGCUACGCGCCGCUGCUCGUGGCCUUCGAGAACUUCUACACCAAGCGCAUCUACCACCGCCUGCAGGACGUCUUCAACCGCCCCGUGGCCGGCUCGCCAGGCGCGCACAUCGACCUGAUCGAGCGCUACUCGGUGGACGAGAACAAGACGCUGCACAACAAGGAUGGCUGCAUCCAGCACUGCCUCAACCUCGGCUCGUACAACUACCUGGGCUUCGCGGACGACUGGAUGAACACGUGCAGCAAGGAGGUCUUCCCCGCGGUCAAGCAGUUCGCGCUGGCCUCGACGGUUCCCCCCAUGGAGUUCGGCACCACGGCCGUGCACAUCGCGCUGGAGAAGGCGCUGGCCAAGUUCAUCGGCAAGGAGUCGGCCAUCGUGUACAACAUGGGCUACGCCACGAACGCCACCAGCAUCCCGGCGCUCACGGGCAAGGGCACGCUCAUCCUGAGUGACGCGCUGAACCACACGUCCAUCGUCAACGGCGCUCGUGCCUCGGGCGCGUCUGUCGGCGUGUUCAAGCACAACGACCCCGAACACCUCGAGAAGGUGCUGCGCACGAAGAUCGCGGAGGGCCAGCCGCGUACGCACCGCCCCUGGAAGAAGAUCAUUGUCAUGAUCGAAGGUAUCUACUCCAUGGAGGGCGAGAUCGUGCGUCUGCGUGAGAUGGUGGACGUCACCAAGAAGUACAAGGCGUACAUCUACGUGGACGAGGCGCACAGCAUUGGCGCGCUCGGUAAGACUGGCCGCGGUAUCUGCGAGUACGCGGGCGUGGACCCCAGCGAGAUCGACAUCUUGAUGGGCACGUUCUCCAAGAGUUUCGGUGGCAUGGGUGGCUACAUCGCUGCGAACGAGGAAAUCAUCAACUUCAUCCGCAACUCGAGCGCUGGCGCGAUCUACGCGACGAGUCUGUCUCCUGUCAUUGCCCAGCAGAUCUUGACGGCGCUGAACAUCAUCUCGGGUCUGGACGGCACGGACAUCGGCCGCAAGAAGAUUGACUCGCUGCGCGAGAACAGCAACUACUUCCGCCAGAAGCUCAUCGACAUGGGCGUUAUCACGCUUGGAGACUUCGACUCGCCCGUGAUUCCGGUGAUGCUGUACCACAUGUCGAAGGUCGGCGAGUUCUCUCGCCAGUGCUUGAAGCGCAACCUGGCCGUGGUGACGGUGGGUUUCCCUGCGACGCCCCUGCUGCUCGCUCGUGUCCGCUUCUGCGUCUCGGCAGCCCACACGCGUGAGGACAUUGACGAAGCCCUAGUCACACUCAAGGAAGUCUCGGACCUGUGCAAUAUCCGCUUCGAGAAGAAGGCUCACUCCUAG